AUGGGGCUACCCAGGCUGGUCUGCGCCUUCUUGUUCGCCGCCUGCUGCUGUUGUCGCCGCGCCACCGGUGUGCCAGGAGAGGAAAAACAGCCUGCACCCACACCAGAUCUAGUGGAGGCGGAAGUGGGCAGAACAGCCCUUCUGAAGUGUGGCCCCUCUCAUUCCUCUGGCAACUUCAGCCAUGUGGACUGGUUUUUGAUUCACAAGGAGAGGCAGAUACCCAUUUUCCGUGUGCGCCAGGGCCAGGGCCAGAAUGAGCCUGGGGAAUAUGAGCACCGUCUUAAGCUCCAUGAGGGCUCAGGGGAUACUUUGGCCCUAAGUCAAGUCACUCCCCAUGAUGAGCGAAUGUUCCUAUGUAAGAGCAAGCGACCACGGCUCCAGGAUCACUACAUUAAGCUUCAAGUCUACAAAGCCCCAGAAGAGCCAACCAUCCAGGCCAAUGCCGUGGGUAUCCACGUGGACAGGCAAGAGCUUAGGGAGGUUGCUACCUGUGUGGGGAGGAAUGGGUACCCCAUUCCUCAAGUCAUCUGGUACAAGAAUGGUCGGCCCCUGCAAGAGGAGGAGAACCGUGUUCACAUUCAGUCAUCACAGAUUGUGGAGUCCAGUGGCUUGUACACCUUGCAGAGUGUUCUGAACGCACAGCUAGUUAAGGAGGACAAAGAUGCCCAGUUUUACUGUGAACUCAGCUACCGGCUACCCAGUGGGAACCGCAUGAAGGAAUCUAGGGAAGUCACUGUCCCUGUUUUCUACCCUGCAGAAAAAGUGUGGGUGGAGGUAGAGCCUUCGGGACUGCUGAAGGAAGGGGACCAUGUGAAAAUCAGAUGUCUGACUGACGGCAACCCUCAACCCCACUUCACUAUCAACAAACAGAACUCCAGCACUGGGGAGAUGGAGGAGGAGACCACCGAUGAAAAUGGUAUCCUGUUCUUGGAGCCUGCACAGAAGCAACAUAGUGGGCUCUACCAAUGUCAGAGCUUGGACUUGGAAACUAUGACCACACUGUCAAGUGACCCCCAGGAGCUGCUAGUGAACUAUGUGUCUGAUGUUCAAGUGAACCCAACUGCCCCUGAAGCCCAGGAAGGCGAUAGCCUUACACUGACUUGUGAGGCAGAGAGCAACCAGGACCUUGAGUUCAAGUGGCUGAGAGACAAGACAGGCCAGCUGCUGGGGAAGGGGCCUGUCCUCCAGCUAAACAACUUGAAACGGGAAGCAGGGGGACGGUAUCUCUGCAUGGCAUCUGUUCCUAAUGUUCCUGAGUUGAAUCGCACACAGCCGGUCAGCGUGGGCAUUUUUGGAUCACCGUGGAUGGCAUUGAAGGAGAGGAAGGUGUGGGUGCAGGAGAAUGCCAUGCUGAAUCUGUCUUGUGAGGCUUCAGGACAUCCUCAGCCCACCAUCUCCUGGAAUGUCAAUGGCUCGGCAACUGCAUGGAACCCAGAUCCACAGACAGUAGUGAGCACCCUGAAUGUCCUUGUGACCCCAGAGCUGCUGGAGACAGGUGCAGAAUGUACAGCCACCAACUCCCUGGGCUCAAAUUCCACCAUCAUCAUCCUAAAGCUGGUCACUUUAACCACCCUCACACCCGACUUCAGCCAAACCACUGGCCUCAGCACCUCCACAGCCAGCUCUCACACCAGAGCCAACAGCACCUCCACAGAGAAAAAGCUGCCGCAGCCAGAUAGCAAAGGUGUGGUCAUUGUGGCUGUGAUCGUGUGUAUCUUGGUCCUUGCUGUACUGGGUGCUACCCUCUAUUUCUUCUACAAGAAGGGCAAACUGCCAUGUGGACGCUCAGGAAAACAAGAGAUCACGAUGCCCCCGACUCGUAAGAGUGACUUUGUAGUUGAAGUUAAGUCAGAUAAGCUCCCAGAAGAGAUGGCUCUCCUACAGGGCAGCAGCGGUGACAAGAGGGCUCCAGGAGACCAGGGAGAGAAAUACAUCGAUCUGAGGAAUUAG